AUGGAAAACAAAAAAUCUCUGUCCGGCGCAUGUCAAUGGACACCUGAGGAGAUAGUGGCAUUGUUAACACGCUGGGCAGACGGGAGUGUUCAAGAGCAGCUUCUCUCCGCAGUGAGAAACGAGAGAGUCUUUACCAAACUGAGUUCAGAGCUUGCUGCCCUAGGCUUUAUCAAAACAUCGACACAGUGCAGGUGGAAAAUAAAAAAGCUGAAACAGGAAUACAAAAAAAUCAAAGACAAAAAAAACAAGAAUGCCGCCGCCUGUCAUGGAAGAUGGUUUGCCAUCAUGGAUAGUGUCCUCGGUCAUCAACCAAGAAGUACCUUAUUGGAGUCUGGGUUGGUAAUACAUUCUCCAAAUAUUUUGGAGUCCAAGCCUGAUUCCCCACCAGAGGAGGAAGGUCCCGGUAAUUUAGACUAAUGUCCCUUUUCCAAUGUUGGGUUUUACACAAUAAUGUAUAUAAACCCUGGAUUGCUGAUGCUACGUAUUGGCCAAUAAGAGGCUUUGAAGCCACCGGUCGGCCAUAUUGGCACUCCCCAGUAGGAGCAGUCCUCCAUAGGAUUGAAUGGAAAUUUUACAGUAUUUCAAUGAAAUGUUUAAAGGACAGAAUUACAUGUAUUUAAGUAUUUUUGUGUUCUAGUGGACAGUAACAUUAGUAAUAUAUACUUUAAAGAAAAUGUUUUUAUUUUAUGUUCAGUGCAUAAUAUAAUUUAAAAGUAUGCAUUAAGGUGUCUGUAAUAAAAUAAAUGUGGCAAAAACGAAUGUAGACAUUAUUAAAUGCAUUUCUAUAGCUUCCAAAAAAAAAAAAAUUACAACGUGGAGGAGUGCCAAGAUGGAGGCACGGUGGCUUCAACACAGCGCCCACUAUCAGUGAUCUAGUGUAUAUAUAAAUCAUUGGUUUACACUGGCUCUUGGCCUGUAUUUCCACCCCUGGAGGCCAGGCAACAAAGUAUUGGGCCAUGGCCUAUUUUUCAUCAUGCUGACACGAUGUGACUUUCCAUGCGGUUCCCACAGUGGAGGCUGGUGGGAGGAGUUAUAGGAGGACGGGCUGAUUGGAAUAGCUGGAUUGGAUUUAAUGGAACGGAGUCAAACGUGAUUUCCAUAUGUUUGAUGCCGUUCCGUUUAUUCCAUUCCAACCAUUACUCCUCCCACCAGCCUCCACUGGUUUCCCAGUGUUAUUAGCUAAGUAACAUUAGGAAAUGGUGAAUGGUGUUUCCAUAGCUAAAGCUACUUGCAAGUGUAGGCUAACACGGCGUAUAGAGCAAUAUACAGCUCUGACCAGAGGCCCAGGCUUUUGUGGCACAGUCUGUUAGGUGCUCACAUCUGCACUGUAAAAGCCAUGAUGCAGUUCAUUCUUCUUUCCUGCUACAUUGGUAGCAGCGGUGGGAAUGAAGCAGCUUUGUGCCACAUAGGCUAAGCCCAGGCCUCUGGGCAGAGGCAGUACAGUACAAAGCUCACAUGCCAUGUUACACAAGCUUUGCUAGUUAUUGUGUCCCUGUUUUUGUGAGUACUCAUGUUGUCUGGUGCUUCCACAGACAAGUCUCCAUCCAGUUGGAUGCCUGAUGAGGUCCAUGGUCUCUUUAGUCACCGUUCAGGAACUUCAGGGUCUGGGGGGAUAAAUUCAGCUUCUAGGCUGCUGGAGUUGGCUGAUUCCCCUCAAAAAGCAGAAGAUUAUGGUAAGCUGUGAAAGACUGAUCCAUUACAUUUUUAGUAAGCCUAAAUGGCCUACGACCUUACUGGAUAACAUUUUAUCUGUGUUUACUAGUGUCUUUCAACUAAUCUGGUGCAUUCACAGAUGAGUCUCCAUUCCGCUGGACGCCUGAGGAGGUCCAUGCAUUGUUAACACUCUGGGCAGACAGGAGUGUUCAGGAGCAGCUUCUCUCAGCAGUGAGAAACGAGAGAGUCUUUACCAAACUUAGUUCAGAGCUCGCUUCCCUGGGGUUUAACAGGUCGUCAAAGAGGUGCAGAGAGAAAAUAAAAAAGCUGAAACAAGAGUAUCAUAAAAUCAAGGACGACAAGAAGAAGAGGAGCUACAACCGCCGUAGAGAAAGAUGGUUUGCCAUCAUGGAUAGUGUCCUCUGUCACCAACCAAGUACUUUGGUAAUAGAUUCAGAUGGAAAGACUUUGGAGUCAACUCAACCUGAUUCACCACAAGAAGUUGAAGAUUCUUGUAAGUUAAGCUGUCUAGUACAGCAUCAACACUAGUGCACAUUUUUAAAACACUAACUUGGCCUGCGACUGGAAGCUCGGAAGUUAAUAUUGUUUGUCAACUGAUCUGUUGCUUCCCCAGACAAAUCUCCAUCCAGUUUGACAUCUGAUGAGGUCCAUGGUUUCCUUGGUCACCGACUAGGAACCUCAGCUGCUAUGAUAAAUUCACCUGCUAUGCGGUUGGAGUUGACUGAUUCCCCUCUAGAAGCAGAACAUAAUGGUAAGUUAUCUAGUAGUCUUUCUGAACCUUUUUAAAGGACUCAAUGUCUGCUAACCAUCUGAGGGACCAGACAGUAAAAUUGUCAGAAGUUGAGAAACACUUAUCUACACUGAACAAAAAUAUAAACGCAACAUGUAAAGUGUUGGUCCCAUGUUUCAUGAGCUGAAAUAAAAGAUCCCAGUAGUUUUCCAUAUGCACAAAAAGCUUAUUUCUCUCAAAUGUUGUGCACAAAUUUGUUUACAUCCCUGUUAGUGUGCAUUUCUCCUUUGCCAAGAUAAUCCAUCCACCUGACAGGUGUGGCAUAUCAAGAAGCUGAUUAAACAGCAUGAUCAUUACACAGGUGCACCUUGUGCUGGGGACAAUAAAAGGCCACUAAAAUGUGAAGUUUUGUAACACAAAACAAUGCCACAGAUGUCUUAAGUUUUGAGGGAGCGCACAAUUGGCAUGCUGACUGCAGGAAUGUCCACCAGAGCUGUUGCCAGAUAAUGUAAUGUUAAUUUCUCUACCAUAAGCCGCCUCCAAUGUCGUUUUAGAGAAUUUGGCAGUACAUCCAACCGGCCUCACAACCGCAGACCAUGUGUAUGGCGUCCUGUGGUUGAGCGGUUUGCUGAUGUCAACGUUGUGAACAGAGUGUCCCAUGGUGGCGGUGGGGUUAUGGUAUGGGCAGGCAUAAGCUACGGACAACAAACACAAUUGCAUUUUAUCGAUAGAAAUUUGAAUGCACAAAAAUACCGCAACGAGAUCCUGAGGCCAAUUUUUUCUUAAGGUAUCUGUGACUAACAGAUCCAUAUCUGUAUUCCCAUUCAUGUGAAAUCUAUAGAUUAGGGCCUAGUGAAUUCAUUUAAAUUGACUGAUUUUCUCAUAUGACCUGUAACUCAGUAAAAUCUUUGAAAUUGUUGCAUGUUUCGUUUAUUUUUGUUCAGUAUAGUACACCUUUCUGGAAAACGGUAUAAACUUGCUAGCUAACAUUGUUUGCCAGUUUGUAAGUGCUUUUAGCUGAUCUGGUGCAUUCACAGAUGAAUCUCGAGCCAUCUGGUCACCUGAGGAGGUCCAUGCGUUGUUAACACUCUGGGCAGAUGGGAGUGUUCAGGAGCAGCUUCUCUCCGCAGUGAGAAACAAGAGAGUCUUUACCAAACUGAGUUCUGAGCUCGCUGCCCUCGGAUCUACGAAGACCUCUAAACAGUGCAGAGAGAAAAUAAAAAAGCUGAAACAGGAAUACAAAAAAAUCAAGAACCACACUAGCAAAAAUAGUUCCAACAUUAGUGGAAGAAGAUGGUUUUGCUAUCAUGGAUGCUGUUCUCAGUCAGCGAACAAGAACUUCAAUGCUUUUGGAGUCGACUCAGCUUAAGUCCUUGCCAGAGGCAGAAGACUCUGGUAAAUGAAGCUGUACUAUACAUUUUCAAAAUGGUAACUUGGCCCGAUAUGUUGUUUGUGUGAGUGCUUUUAAAAUGGUGGCUGGCUUCAUAAAUAUUCGCUGAAGCUGGCUAGUAUCCCAAACCCUAGCUAAAUACAUUUUAGAUCUAACCUAUACAAUAUUUUAGGUUUAAACUUAUUUUCUUGUUUGUGUUUCCCACUGUAGGUCCCCAUUUAACUCUCUCCUCCCUGCGUCUCCUUGCUCCACCACUACGCCUGAUGUCAGCAUUCUUGUGGCAAGUGGCUCAGCAGCAUCUUGUAAAGCAUUAUGGGAAACUGGAGGAGUUUGUAACUUUGGUGACAGAGAUGGUUCCAGAGCUGCUCAGUUCCAGGCAGAGGACCCAACUCCUCCUGGGUCUGAGAGCAAGGGUGAGAGAGGUGGAAAUGCAGAGGAUUCCAAUAGAAGUAUGGGCAGCAACUAUUUGCAAAUAUAAACGCAACAUGCAACAAUUUCAAAGAUUUUACUGAGUUACAGUUCAUAUAAGGAAAUCAGUCAAUUGAAAUAAAUUAAUUAGGCCUUAAUCUAUAGAUUUCACAUGACUGAGAAUACAGAUAUGCGUCUGUUGGUCACAGAUACCUUAAAAAAAAAAAGUAGGGCCGUGGAUCAGAAAACCAGUCAGUAUCUGGUGUGACCACCAUUUGCCUCAUGCAGCGCGACACAUCUCCUUCGCAGAGUUGAUCAGGCUGUUGAUUGUGGCCUGUGAAAUCUUGUCCCUCUCCUCUUCAAUGGCUAUGCGAAGUUGCUGGAUAUUGGCAGGAACUGGAACACGCUGUCGUACACAUCGAUCCAGAGCAUCGCAUACAUGCUCAAUGGGUGACAUGUCUGGUGAGUAUGCAGGCCAUGGAUGAACUGUGACAUUUUCAUCUUCCAGGAAUUGUGUACAGCAUUAUCAUGCUGAAACAUGAGGUGAUGGCGGCGGAUGAAUGGCAUGACAAUGGGCCUCAGGAUCUCGUCACGGUAUCUCUGUGCAUUGAAAUUGCCAUCGAUAAAAUGCAAUUGUGUUUGUUGUCUGUAGCUUAUGGCUGCCCAUACCAUAACCCCACUGCCACCAUGGGGCACUCUGUUCACAACGCUGACAUCAGCAAACCGCUCACCCACACGAUGCCAUCUGCCCGGUGUAGUUGAAACUGGGAUUAAUCCGUGAAGAGCACACUUUUCCAGCAUGCUAGUGACCAUCAAAGGUGAGCAUUUGCCCACUGAAGUCGGUUACGACGCCGAUCUGCAGUCAGGUCAAGACUGGUGAGGACACAGAUGAGCUUCCCUGAGACGGUUUCUAACAGUUUGUGCAGAAAUUCUCUGGUUGUGCAAACCCACAGUUUCAUCAGCUGUCCGGGUGGCUAUUCUCUAAAAUGACAUUGGAGGCGGCUCAUGGUAGAGAAAUGAACAUUCAAUUCUCUGGCAACAGCUCUGGUGAACAUUCCUGCAGUCAACAUGCCAAUUGCACACUCCCUCAAAACUUGAGACAUCUGUGGCAUUGUGUUGUGUGACAAAACUGCACAUUUUAGUGGCCUUUUAUUGUCCCCAGAACAAGGUGCACCUGUGUAAUGAUCAUGCUGUUUAAUCCACUUCUUGAUAUGCCACACCUGUCAGGUGGAUGGGUUAUCUUGGCAAAGGAGACAUGCUCACUAACAGGGAUGUAACACGUUUGUGCUCAACAUUUGAGAGAAAUAAGCUUUUUGUGUGUAUGGAAAACUUCUGGGAUCUUUUAUUUCAGCUCAUGAAACAUGGGACCAACACUUUACAUGUUGUGUUUAUAUUUUUGUUCAGUGUAGUAUGUUUUACCCUGGUGCUGCCUCACGUCAACCUCUUUUUCAGCUGGUUCUGGAGUUAUGUCGCAAUGAUAGCACAGCUGACCUCGUAACCAUCCAGCCUCACCUGGAUAAAAUCCAUUAUUUGACAGAAUUCUCUGUACACAAAGAGGUACGUUUAACUUAUUUUGGCAACAUUUUAAAGUGAUAUUUGAAGGAAAUAUGAACGUUUUCAGCCUUAUGUUGAGGUUGAGUUCAUGUCUGACGUAAUUCGUUUUGUUUGUUUAUGCUUACUGACAGAGUAAUGAUGAUGAGUUGGAGGCUACAGAGUCUAACUUUGUGGAGUUGGUCCAAACCCUGCUGGAAGACCCUUCUGAGAGGGAGCACUUCUUCCAGGUAAGAGAUAUUUCUGGUUCGUGACUUUCAGGUGCCUAUUGCUUGUAUCAGCAUUGGCACAGGACUUUGUCAUAAAUUAUACAUUUUUCAGGAGGUGUUCCCAGUACACUACGGCCCUCGGUAUGACACAGCACUGCAGGUACUGGUAUGGGAGUUCCUCUCCAGACUGGAGGAGCUGCUUCCUGUACCAGACUUCACACAGGUACAGAUUGAAACAUCACAGUAUGAGUUUGAUCCCUUUAGUCUACACUAGGUGUUAUGCCCAAAAAAUUGUUUGCUCUCUUACAAAGAUGGCCAGAGUACAACUGAAUGGAAAACACUACACUGCAAAAAAAAAUUAAGGGAACACUAAAAUAACACAUCCUAGAUCUGAAUGAAUGAAAUAAUCUUAUUAAAUACUUUUUUCUUUACAUAGCUGAAUGUGCUGACAACAAAAUCACACAAAAAUUAUCAAUGGAAAUCAAAUUUAUCAACCCAUGGAGGUCUGGAUUUGGGGUCACACUCAAAAUUAAAGUGGAAAACCACACUACAGGCUGAUCCAACGUUGAUGUAAUGUCCUUAAAACAAGUCAAAAGGAGGCUCAGUAGUGUGUGUGGCCUCCACGUGCCUGUAUGACCUCCCUACAACGCCUGGGCAUGCUCCUGAUGAGGUGGUGGAUGGUCUCCUGAGGGAUCUCCUCCCAGACCUGGACUAAAGCAUCCGCCAACUCCUGGACAGUCUGUGGUGCAACAUGGCGUUGGUGGAUGGAGCGAGACAUGAUGUCCCAGAUGUGCUCAAUUGGAUUCAGGUCUGGGGAACGGGCGGGCCAGUCCAUAGCAUCAAUGCCUUCCUCUUGCAGGAACUGCUGACACACUCCAGCCACAUGAGGUCUAGCAUUGUCUUGCAUUAGGAGGAACCCAGGGCCAACCGCACCAGCAUAUGGUCUCACAAGGGGUCUGAGGAUCUCAUCUCGGUACCUAAUGGCAGUCAUGGAGGGCUGUGCGGCCCCCCAAAGAAAUGCCACCCCACACCAUGACUGACCCACCGCCAAACCGGUCAUGCUGGAGGAUGUUGCAGGCAGCAGAACGUUCUCCACGGCGUCUCCAGACUCUGUCACGUCUGUCACAUGUGCUCAGUGUGAACCUGCUUUCAUCUGUGAAGAGCACAGGGCGCCAGUGGCGAAUUUGCCAAUCUUGGUGUUCUCUGGCAAAUGCCAAACGUCCUGCACGGUGUUGGGCUGUAAGCACAACGCCCACCUGUGGACGUCGGGCCCUCAUACCACCCUCAUGGAGUCUGUUUCUGACCGUUUGAGCAGACACAUGCACAUUUGUGGCCUGCUGGAGGUCAUUUUUCAGGGCUCUGGCAGUGCUCCUCCUUGCACAAAGGGUUGUUGCCCUCCUACGGCCUCCUCCACGUCUCCUGAUGUACUGGCCUGUCUCCUGGUAGCGCCUCCAUGCUCUAGACACUACGCUGACAGACACAGCAAACCUUCUUGCCACAGCUCGCAUUGAUGUGCCAUCCUGGAUGAGCUGCACUACCUGAGCCACUUGUGUGGGUUGUAGACUCCGUCUCAUGCUACCACUAGAGUGGUGACCAAAACAUCAGCCAGGAAGCAUAGGAACUGAGAAGUGGUCUGUGGUCACCACCUGCAGAACCACUCCUUUAUUGGGGGUGUCUUGCUAAUUGCCUAUAAUUUCCACCUGUUGUCUAUUCCAUUUGCACAACAGCAUGUGAAAUGUAUUGUCAAUCAGUGUUGCUUCCUAAGUGGACAUUUUGAUUUCACAGAAUUGUGAUUGACUUGUAGUUACAUUGUGUUGUUUAAGUGUUCCCUUUAUUUUUUUGAGCAGUGUAUAUUACAUUUUAGGUAUUUCCAUGUGUGUAAAACAUCAGGUGUCUGGCAUAGUGUAUUUUAACACUAUAUUCCCCUGCUCCUCAGACAGCAGCAUGGCUCGGUGCAGGCCCCUCUGUCAUGGAGGAAUGUGGACACGCCAUCUUUGACCCUGAAGAGCUGAAGACACUUCUGCAGCACCAUCAGCAUCAUGGAAACCUGAAAAAGAGUAAGUCUCCAUCCAGAGCAAACCAAACUCCUGUCAUUUGAACUUGAUAAUGCUGGUGUUCAGAGUUGGACUACACAGCCAGUCAGUUGCAAUCAUUUUAGCUGUAAUGGUAAGGAAAACAGUGCUGAAAAAUAUAGCAAGAGUAACUUGUUUGUAUAACUUGUGCUGUCUUUCGUAGGUUAUUUCUCUUACUACACUGCAGAUACCAUCCUGUCCACACUGUCCCUCCCUCCAACAAUAAGAGUUGUCAUUGGCUCUGAGCAGGCCAGCUCUGACAAAACGAGAGAUGGAGGACAACCUAAUGGGGGCAGAGUGGAGGAUGAGGAAGAAGAGGAAAUGGAAGAUCGACAGAGUGAUGAAGACUGCAAUGAAAUAAGUUAUACAAGGCAGGAUUUGGAGCAACAGGAGCAGAUGGGCAUUUCAACGGCAGAGACUUCUGCUCUGUGUAUCCCAGUGCCCAGUAACGGUAAGGGAAUUUAAAUACUGAUCUCAUGUUAACAAAUGAUUGAUAACAUCACCUGUUAUACAAUCUACACUCCUGAUCUUGUCAUUGCAGGAUUGAAUAGUGACAUGUCAUCCCAGGUCCUCGCCUGCUCCCUCUGCCCAUUCUCUCAUAGUGAAAUUGCAAAACUCCACCAGCACAUCAGGAUUAGGCAUCGAGGAGAGGACCGGAAGCUUUUAUGUGCUAAGGAAUCUGGGACUGAUAACCCCUUUCCCUCAAGCAGCACUAAAAUAAUCCCCUAUGCGCCAACAAUCAAGACUCACAAAUGCACUCAUUGUGGGAAGGUUUUCAAAUGCUCCAAAACCCUGAAAGUACAUAUAGGAAUUCACACAUUGCCAUUCCAUUGUAACCAAUGUGAGAAAAGAUUUUCUUCCAGGUGUGGUCUGAAAAAACAUCAGCGAGUUCACACAGGGGAAAGACCAUUCAAAUGCUCUCACUGUGACCGAAGAUUCAUGUGUGCAGGUUCACUCAAAUGGCAUGUGCGCACACACACUGGGGAGCGUCCCUACUGUUGCACUAUUUGUGGGAAAACAUCUGUCCAACAUCUAGCAAGACACAUGCGGAUGCAUGCAGGGGAGAAAAACUAUUUAUGUAGCAUCUGUGGUAAGGCAUUCCUUAGCUCAGGAGAACUGCGGCUGCAUACACGAUCGCACACAGGAGAAUGUCCCUACACCUGUAAACGUUGUGGAAAGGGCUUCAAAGCAUCAUGCCAUCUAACACUUCAUAUGCGAUCUCACACAGGAGAGCGUCCAUACCCCUGCACC